UCCGGGCUCCUCCCGGCUUCCCUCCCUCCCGCUGUCCCUGUCCGUCUCUCCUCCCGCCCUCCCCCCGUGUGUCUCUGAAGCAGCCAGAGAGCUGCAGGCGCUGCUAUAGGAAGGGGAGUGAGCUCGGCUCAGGGCUGCAGCCUCCCCUCUUCUCCUUCUUUGCCUAUUUUAGUCACAUUUCCCCGCCCGGCCGGCAACUCACCCACUUCCCCGCUGCUCCCUCUCACUGACAACUAACUUUCCAGCCUCUGCACCGCCAGAAGUCCUAAGGGAUAGCUUACAGAUGAGGACGUAUUUCCUUUGCAUGCAAGCAGAAUUCAUCCAAUGAAAGAAUAAUGGAUGGCUACUUUCCAGGAUCUAAGCCUCUAUGUGGAAGAACUCUCAUGGUGAAUUUCAGCCUAGCAAGUGCUCAAGAAGAGUAUGGAGCUUUUAGUUAUAGUCAUUUCUAAGUCUGAACUGCAUAAUCAGAAGCAUCAUGCAGACAUACUAUGAAGAAUUGGCUUUAACCUAUACUGCCACACUAAAACUUAAUACAAAGCCAAAAGGAUGCCGAACACAAAUGACAGAAACUGUAAACAGCUGCAUACUAGCGUGAUGUAGAAGGUAUCUUUCUGGCUAUAGCCAUGGAAGAAAAUGUGACUUUCUGGGAGAGACUUGUGAUUGGACACCCAGUGUGUAGUGGCUGGAAACUGGAGGCCGAAGGAUCCAUUUACCAUCUGGCCAGUGUUCUCUUUGUAUUGGGCUGCAUGGGAGGAAGUGGAUACUUUGGGCUUCUCUAUGUGUACAUUUUCUUUGCUAUAAGUUUCCUCUGCACCUCUAUAUGGGCUUGGAUGGAUGUUUGUGCUGCUGAUGUGUUCUCCUGGAACUUUAUUCUUCUUGUGAUCUGUAUUGUGCAGAUCAUUCACCUUGCCUAUCAACUGAGGAGUGUCACAUUUGACAAAGAAUUCCAAGAUGUAUACUCUGCUGUUUUCAAACCCCUGGGGAUCUCGCUAACUAUAUUCCGGAAGAUCAUCUCAUACUGUAAUGCAGAGGUAGUGACACUGGAACGAGAUCAUUGUUAUGCUGUUCAAGGGAAAACACCCAUUGACAAACUCUCUCUGCUUGUAUCGGGAAGGAUACGAGUAACAGUAGAUGGGGAGUUUCUUCAUUACAUUUUUCCUCUUCAAUUCCUGGAUUCUCCAGAAUGGGACUCACUUAAACCUUCUGAAGAAGGGAUUUUUCAGGUAACUCUUACUGCAGAAACAAAGUGCCGAUAUGUUACUUGGAGGCGGAAGAAACUUUAUUUGUUAUUUGCAAAGCACCGUUUUCUCGCCAAACUGUUUUCACUGUUGAUUAGCAGUGACAUUGCUGAUAAACUGUACGCUCUGAACGAUAAAGUCUUCAUAGACAGUGGUUUUCGGUUUGACAUUAGGCUACCUAACUAUUACCACAGGGCAGUACCAGACCAAGCACCUUCAACAGUUCCCAUAAUCCGGAUUCAGAAAUCUCCUUGACGGGACAAGAAAGACUUUCUCCUCUUACGUACAACCCUGGGUGCUGGCCGGUAUUCAUGCAUUUACCUUCAUCCUCAGCAGUUCAUAGUAACCUCCAUAUUGGUUGGGAAGUGCCAUUUGACUAUAUUCAUCAUCAACAGUACUUAUUCUUCCAAAUGAAAUUAUUUUUUUAUACUGGAAUGCUAAUAGUACAUUUGAAAAGCAGUGCUGCGUAAUACAUUAUGAAUGACAAGUUGUUUUUAAUGCCAAAUUAAAGUACAACUGAGAGGUAAUAUGCCCAGUUGUUCUUAAAAAAGGGAAAAUACUUUUUGCCACAUGGUAAAAAAUGUAUUCAUUUCUUCUUACAGUGUACCUACAACCUUUACACUCUGGGAGGGGAGGUUGAACUUCCUGUGUUGUGCAUUAAGUUUAAGGAGAAUCAUGUUCUGAUGUACUAGUCUGUCUGUUAUGGAUGUCUUACCUGGGGCCCUCCGGCUGUUGUAGAAAUGGAACUGCCAACUGUGGGAGUUGUAGUUCAUCAGCAAAUGAAUGGCCACAAGUUGGACCCAUCUUUUUCAUAUUCCUACAUCCUUGAAUCAUUGUAAUACAUUGUAUUUCCAGUAAAUUCGGAAUGAGUUUUGGUAGAGGUCAUCUUGCUGUUUCAGUAAGUAAAUAUAUGCAGUUUUGUAGCCAAUGUCUUUAGAACAAACAUUUAUUAGUAGGGACUUGGUGUUGCAAACAACACAAAUAUGACAAUAUAAAUUGUUACUCAGUGGCAAAAGUAUAUUUUUUUAAGGGAAACAAAACAAUACAAAGUAGUAUUUUUUCCAUUUAUUUUCCUUUAGGAAGAAAGCAAACCCUAACUAUUUUGUUUAUUGCCAUAUUACCUUUCUCUGUCUCUGAACUGUAAGUCCAACUACACCCCACUAAUAUCAUUCACUGAAUCUGUUGCUUUUGUCUGUAGCCAGUGAUUUGACUGAAGCAAGCAAUUGAGUAGUACUUCCAUGUAUAUCAAUAUGAAAAGAUGGAGAAAAUGAAUGUAUUUUGCUCACAGUAAUCUGUUUCAGUGGACAAUUUCAUUUUAUUACUUUUAACAAUGUUGUAUUUAAAAAGGCGUAGUUCAUUUUAUUUCAUGGAAACUGAUCCUUUUUUUCUACAUUUUUAUAUUUUUCGGAUUAUGAAGGUCAUCUUUUUAUGUGUACGUUUUGUCCUGAACAGUUCCUGCAAUGUCAGAAGACAAGAAUUGGAGAUAGCUGUCAUACUGAUUUUUUCCAUAAGAAAGAGCACACAGGUCGUUUUAAUCACACAAUCUCUAAAGAAAACAAUUUGCUUGUGCAUUACUUGUCUGAGUGGCACCAUGCUGUGCAACCCAGAGUACAUUUCCCAUUUUACUUCACAUAGACCAGGGCAUUUUGAUUGCCACAAUUCUACAGGACUACAGUAACAAUGGCUGAAAUCCUGGUAAUAACCAGAGAGGAAAGAAACCUCAAUAACCCAAAUGCUUCUUGUACUUUCCUUCUUGGGCUGCUCAGCCUAUAUAGGUGCCAAAAAUGACGUUAUUUAUUCUAACCAGACAUUUGCUCACAAACACAAAGGCAUCUUGUUCCUUAUGAUUGCAGUGCGAACCUUAAACUUAGACAGCAAUAGCAGUCACACACUGGUUUUUACACCAAAUCCAGGAACGCAUCCAGUAUUGUUUACCAACUAAUAAUGAAGAUGGGUCUCUUAAAUGGGCUGUGGGGGGCACAUUUCAGCAUCCCUUUGCUUACUGGCCACCUUUGCACCAAAUAAGUGAUAAUACCCAUCAAAGGUUGUUUCAAUUAUAAAUAGAUAUAGUCUGCAUAUAUUUUCUCAGGAACAUCUAUGUGUUGCGUUAGAGAAUCAUACCACUCUUUGGACUUUAUAUCUAUCUAUAAUUCGCAAGAGCAGCAGUCCUUGCUCGUUUCUACUGAAGAAAGCAAGUGCUGUUAAGUACAUAGUUAGUGGCCCAUUAGACUGUCAGCCAGUAUUUCAUCACCCAUGGCCUUUAUUAGUUCUUUUUCUGAAGUAUGGUGCUCUGAUAUGCAGUUCUCUGAAAAACUUAAGACACCUCUAAAAAGUGUAUUUUGCUUUACAUUUCACAAGAUGAUUUGGCUCUGCAGCUAAAGAAAUGUAUAUGAUCUCUACAAAUUCUUCUAAAAUUAAUAAAAUAAAAUAAGAAUUAA